GUCGUUAGCCUGACGCCAGAAUCCUGAUGGCUUCCUCUUUUGCUUGCCAUUUAACUGCCGGUUGCAGCGGAGGGGGCUGGUCUUGGGGGCACAACCACCAGCCUUCCGUUUUGGAGCCCCAGUUAACUUCCAUAUCGGCUGCCAACGAGAACUGGUGUAUAACAUGCGUGAGGGCCCGAAUGUUGUCAGCGUCUGCACGUAUGAGAACGGUGAGGUCGUCUGCAAACAGCGGCGUCAUUGGAACAAGGUGCUCCGGGAGUUUAGGGAUGGGCACCUUGCUAAUCUGCGGGUGGGCCCUAAUCAGCGAUGCGAGAGCUUCCAUUACAAUAACAAAGAGCAGCGGCGCAAUGGGGUCUCCUUGACGCACCGAUCUCUGCAAUGUAAUGGGGGGCGAAAGAUGGUCGUUGAGCAUAAUGUUCGUGGUGGCGGACUUAUGGAGGAGGCGAAUCCAGCCCAACACCCACUUGCCUCCUUCUGCCACCCUCGUGAUUGGGAAGAUGACCACUCCCGGCGGCAUAGCGACCGGUGUGCUGUCAUCUUCCUGGCGCCGCACCAGGUCCCUCAGCUUUUUGAAGGCAGGUACGACAUAGCAGCCAUCUCCAGAUGGCAGCGGGGAACUGUUCUCGUCGUCAUCAUCAUCAUCGUGGAUGAUUUCCACCGCAUUGCUCUUGUUGCUGUUGCAGCACUUGUUGUUGCUGGCAACAGAGCUGUUGCUGCCAUUGCAGGUGCAUUUGUUGAAAAAUCUGCCAUUGGUGUAUUAGCCUCUGUUGGUGUUGCUGUUGGUGGUACUGUGCCAUUUGGGCUUGCAAGAGGAUAUGAAGCUGCUGCUCACAUUCUUGUCGCUGCAUGGCCUGUUGCUGUUGUUGAUGAUGGAUUUCCUGGGCCUGCAGCUGCGCCUGGCAUACCAGCUGUGCUUGGGCUUGGCGUUGGAACAGUAGCUGUUGUUGCUGUUGUUCGUGAUGUUGCAGUUGCUGUUCCACUUGCGCGUGCAAAUGUUGUUGUUUUUGGAGCUCACCGCAGUAUAGGUGCUGCUGUUGCUCCAUGUCCUGGCCAUGUUGAUGGACGCACAAUUGCUGAUUUUGGCACGGAGUGCCCAGGUCCCGAGCCGUCUGAAUGUGGGGCUGCCCAGGAUCCUGUUGCCGGUUCUGGCAUGGCAACCCCGACUCCUUUUCCAUAUGGGUGUGUGGCUCCAGGCACAGCCGCUGGUCGCAGCUCAACAAUCCGUGGUCCCCACCCAUGGGGAGGGGUAACUGGUGAGGGAGGGGCUGCAGGUACUGCAUUUCCUCCUCAAGGCGGUGGUGUUGGCCGGAGUGCUGGUGUGGUUGUUGCUGGUCCAUUAGCCCUGCGUGGUCCUGGUGAUGAACCUGGCAGGCCAGGUGUGGGUGUGUCCCCAGCGGCUGGUCCUGGCCCAUCAGCCCCUGCUUCACUCCCAUAUGUGUGUGAGUUUGGGAAUGUUGAUGGUUUUUGUCCUCCCCUUGGCACUGAAGCCGGUCACAGUGGUGGCCUGCAUGUUGCUGCUCCUCCUGCAACGCCUGGUCCAAGUACUGAUCCUGUCGGACCAGGUGUUGCAGUAACACCCGCUCCCCGUCAUCCUCUUGCCUUGUGGGGGGCCCUUGCUGUGGGAGCUGGCUGGCCAGAUCUCGGUGCGUCACCAUCUGCUGCUCCUGGCCCAGCAGCCCCUGCUCGCCUCCCGUGGGCACUUGUUUAUACUGGGGAGGGGGGUGUUGGUGCUGCUUAUCUUCCCCAAGGCACAUCUGUUGAUCAUAACCCACCUUCCCAGGAGGGCCGUCCUGAGGGAUUGGCAAAUCUGUGUCUGGGGCAGUCAAAGGCAGGAGGACAGCCGGUUCCAAUCGAGGAACCGUCUAAAGCAAGCAUUAUGGCCGCGGAAGUUGUGGCUGCCGGGACCGAAGUGUCUAAAAUGAUGGCCCUGUGUCGGAAGGCGCUGGACCAGUUUGCUAUCAAGCAGCUGGAAGACGUCAUGGAGUUGUCUAGAAAAGGGGAAAUCAGACCAGAAGUGACCGAGUGUACGAUUGACGUGAACAUCCAGCAAUUAAGAGAGGCACUGGCUGCAGAAGAGAGGAAAAAAGAAGAACUAGCCCGGAAACAUGAACAGAAAUUGAGGCGGGAACAUAAAGUAAAAGAAAUCGGACAAGUAAUAGGAACAGAAGGAAAGGAACAGAUUGACAUGACACAGACGUUGUAUCACAUCAUGACUUACCUUACCUUCUUGGAAGAAAAGAUAGACGAACAACAAAAUCAGUUAGAUGAGAUUGUUGUAGGAUUGCGAACCAUCACAAAUAUUGUGAAAGGAAAGCAUCCAGUAGAAGGAGAAGAAGAAGUUAAAGAAGAGAAGAAAGAAGUCAAGAAGUUAAUGAGUGAUGCAAUGAAGUCUGCUGAUCCUCAUGAUCAGAAAUUGUCUACUGGAGGGGGGAAGUCGUCUAAUGGAGGGGGAUCAAGUCCGCCGUCUUCUCCACCAAACACUCCUCCUGCCACACCUCCUUCCUCUCCACCUCCAAAGUCUCUGCAAGGUGCAGAAAAGCAGAUACUUUGGCGCCAAAAGCGCCAGGACCACAACCUCGUCGUCUUUGACGACGAUACUGUGGAGAAGUGGCCCUUAGAGGUCGAGGGUGUAGCGAGCAGCAGUGAUUCCGGGAAGGGGGAAGUCAUUGCUGCCGUGGUCAACAAGGGAGGACCACGACCGCCAGUUAAGAAGAAGAAACCAUGCUCGUUCCCAGAGCAUCUCGGGAUUGCAGUCGGGAAGCCAUGGGAAAAGAUGGGCCUGUCACAUGAAACAUGGCAGGAAAGAAUGGAUAAUGCACAAUGUUUGUGUGGUACCCCAGGGCAUGUGAUUGCAUGGUGCCCACUUAUCCGAAACCCAAAAGCGAGUCGCCAGUAGGAGUAGCAUCUGCUCCUACUGAGUCUAAGGGUUUGGAUCAAGAAGAAGGUAAGGCGCCUACUAACCCUUCCAACCCUUCGACUCACAUGGCAGAGGAUGGUUCUUCUUCGGCCCAUCGUCCGGAACACCCUGAACCUGUCUUAUAUAUUGUCCCUCUGGACGACUCUCUUGACGAGCUUGGUAACGAGUUGUUAGCAUUACGAAGAUCGUGGGCUAAGAAAUCUAAGUCUAAGGGUGACCUACUACUUGCGGACGUAGAGAUUGCACUCACACGAGUAGGUGCACUGUUGGACUCAGGAUCAACGCGAUCCUACAUAUCCGAUAAAGCAAUCCGCAAGUU